UCAAACUAGUAAACUAUACCUUUGCGUUGAAAAACCAUCGUUGAUUAAUUUCAUACCUUAACUACCACCUCAUUUCUCAAUCACUAGCAAUAUUACCAACCUUCUCUCUUCUCAUUCUCUCUCUAUACAUCCCUAAAUAAUUACACUAAUGGAAAACCACCACCACAACCACCGUGAAUUCUCCUUCUUAACCUCCUCCGGCGACUUCCUCUGUAACAACACAGAUCCUUCAAUCAAGGAAAUGAAUCUCUUCUCAUCAUCACCUAACGACAACCAAGAUCAAGAACAAGAUCAAGAUCAACAUGUUAAUACAGGACUGAAUUUAACGUAUGCAAGUGCUACAAAGUCCAAAGUAGAAAAUCCUGAGAAUUCCGAAACUGAGCUGAUGAAUACACUGCAAAUUGAAUUGAGGAAGGUGCAAGAAGAGAAUCAGAAACUAAGAAAUGUGUUGGAACAAAUCACCAAAAGCUAUAGCCAAUUACAAGCUCAGUUGUUCAUCGCUUUGCAGCAACAAAACCAUGUCGAUAAUAUGGAAACAAAUCAUGUGAUGGAAUCAUCGGAACAAAAGAUUAUGAAUGAUGCAUCCGUUUCGGAUGGAAAACAAGCUUGUCCUUCGGAUCAUAGUGCGAAAGAUGUUGUUGAAUGUUCUUCUUCACACUCAUCCAAAACUUCUGAACAAGAUCUAACGCAUUUCAGAAAAGCUAGGGUUUCGAUAAGAGCAAGAUCAGAAGCUCCUAUGAUUAGUGAUGGAUGUCAAUGGAGAAAAUAUGGACAAAAAAUGGCGAAAGGAAACCCUUGUCCUCGCGCGUACUAUCGUUGCACUAUGGCGGUAGGAUGUCCCGUUCGAAAACAGGUCCAAAGAUGUGCGGAAGACAAGAUCGUUUUGAUAACAACAUACGAAGGCAAUCACAACCAUCCACUCCCACCGGCCGCAGCCGCAAUAGCAAACACCACAUCAGCAGCUGCAUCAAUGCUACUAUCAAGUUCUUCAACCUCAUCAACACUAAGCAAAGAAUCAGCACCAUUUUUAUCUUCAUUCCCUUACGCUACAAUAUCAACCCUAUCAUCUUCUCAACCAUUUCCAACCAUCACUCUCGACUUGACACACGGCCACAACCUUGCCAUGCAACACAACAGAAUUCCUCUACCAUUACAGCAUCCACAACAACAACUACUAGGUGUUAACCCGUUCUUGUUCUCACAGAAGCUACCAACUAUGGCCUUGCCCUUACUUCAGCUAGGGCAAAGACCACCUUCAUCAAUGGUGGAGAGUGUGAGUGCAGCCAUAUCUUCGGAUCCAAACUUCACUGCAGCCUUGGCGGCAGCGAUUUCGUCAAUUAUUGGAGCACAAAGAGGGGGUGAUGAUAAUAAUAACAAUGCAAGUGUGGUUCCUGCAGGUUCACCUCAGCUUCCUCAGUCAUGCACUACAUUCUCUACCAAUUAGCUAGCUAGUAUGUGAAUCUUGUUUGACCAACUACAUUUAUAUACCAUAUAGUAUCUAUAUUUUUUUCUUUGUACAGAAAGAGAUGGGAAGAUUAGUUGUGCCGGAUGAGUACAUUUUACUCUACACUUAUAUAUUUUGUUCUAUACUGUAUGUAACACGGGCUUUUAAAUUGCGGCCAAGUUAUUGUUGAUGUGGUAGCCUUUGCAAUGACAUGUCGUAAUUGUGGUUUAAUAUAAAAUUAAGUCACAAUUGUAGUGUAAUUUUAAAUCAUCACUUGCAGCAGUGCAGUAACUUCAAGUGUUAUGGUACGGUUCGUGAGAAAAAUUGACUGAACUGAAUUAAACUAUAAUAAAAAUUCACUCGAACUGAACCAAAUCGUUUCAAUUUACUAAGAACUAAACUGAAAUAAAAUUAUUGAUUUGGUAUACCGUGUCAAAAUUCCAAACCGUACUAAACCGCUAUAGGGGUGGGAAUAGGUCAGGCCGACCUGCAGGGGCAUAUAGUCUAGCUUAUUUUAGGUCAGGUCAGGCUAGGCCUAUUUAAUAAAGAGGCUAGGUUUAGGCUUUUUUAAAGGCCUAUUUUAUUAAAUAGGUCAGGCUUAGACUAUUAAAAAAGUCUAUGAUGUCUUAUAAACUGACCUCUAUUUCCACACAUAUUAGAGAUAUGCUAAAAAGGUUGGCC